AUGGCGGACUCAGUUGAUUACUACAGCCUCGAAGGAGGCCGCAAAGUUGCCGCCGAAGAGGCGGACUUUCGCAAGGAAAUCCGUCAGGGUUUCAUCAGGAAGGUGUACGGCAUCGUAGCUCUGCAGAUGCUGCUUACGACGACCGUUGCUUCUCUUCUUCUCUUUGUUCCUGGAGGUGUAGAAUGGGCUAAACAUAGCAGCAGUCUUGUUGUUACUCUUUCCUCAGACUAA